AUGAAGACGUUUUGCAGAUCGUUGCAUGGACUGGCCCUGGGCACACUGCUCAUAGCCGGUCAAUUGGUCACCGUCCAAGGCCAGACAGAGGCCCAAAAAGCAAAUGCAAACCGAACUCUGUCUGUUGGCUACGUGAGUUGCGCAAAAUACACUGACGCAUUCCGAUAUGGGCAAGUCCUAAUUUUGUAUGAGCAGAUCCUCUUCCCUGGUUUCGAGCCACUGGACGUGUUUGGCCCGCUCGAAAUGAUCUUUAGCAUGUCGUACUAUAUGAACAUGACGCUGGCCACCAUUGCGGAGACGGUCGGCCCUGUGUCGGCGCGCCCGCCUCUCCACUACAUGGCCCCCAACGAACCGCCCAUGGACUUGAGCUACAUGAUCAAUCCCCAAGUCGUCGCCACCCACACCUUUGAAACCGCGCCCGAGCUGGACAUCCUGCUCGUCCCCGGCGGCACGGGCAAUGUCGCGCUCGAGCAGAAGAACGACACCAAGGUCGAGGACUUUGUGCGGGAGCGGUAUCCCGAACUCGAGUAUUUGUUGAGCGUCUGCACCGGCGCCAUCACGCUCGCGCGGUCGGGCGUGCUCGAGGGCCGCCGUGCCACGUCCAACAAGGGCGCGUGGGCGCAGACGGCCACGCACGGCAAGAACGUGACGUGGGUGCCGAGCGCGCGCUGGGUGGUGGACGGCAACGUGUGGACGAGCUCGGGCGUGGCCGCGGGCAUGGACAUGGCCUAUGCCUUCUUGCGGGAGCUGUACGGAGACAGCCCGCUCAAUACUCUGAUGAGCAAUGUCGAGUACGCUCCGCACACGGAUGCCUCGUGGGAUCCGUUUUCGGUCGUGCACAAUGUCCCGGGUGCCAACAAGACGCGCUCACUAGUCGAUUGUGUUGGGCCGGCUGGGUUCACUGAGUAG